AUGCACGCGACGCCCGGCAGCAUGGUUGGGACGGACUCUGGGUUCAUGAACCGGAUACCCAGCUCGGAGGACCCGUUCGCGGAGUUCGAGGACGGCCCGGAGGGGCAGGAGGUGGGCGACGGGGAGGAGGACCAGUACGGGGCGACGCAGGAGAUGGGGGGGACGCCGCCGCGCACGUCGAGUCUGGUCCACGUCUCGUCACGCGUAGAUCGGCUGCUCCAGGCGCGGUUCAGGAAGACGCAGAGCACUGCGAGCCUCGCGAAGCUCGCUGAGGAGCACCAGCCAGCCUACUCCCAGCUUCCAAGACCGCCGUCGCCGAGCAGUCAGCGCCUCCUGAUCAUCGCGAACAGGCUGCCCGUCACGAUCCGCCGCGACGCCGGCGGCAACGGGUGGGAGCUGACGAAGAGCGCCGGCGGGCUGGUGUCCGCGUUGCUGGGCGUGGGGUCGUUUCAAAUAAAGUGGAUUGGGUGGCCGGGGCAGCUGGUGGACUCGCACGACCAGCACUCCCUCGCCCGCACCCUCGCGCGCGACAGCCUGUACCCGGUGUUCCUGGACCAGGAGACGAUGAACCUGUACUACAACGGCUUCUGCAACAGCAUCCUGUGGAACCUCUUCCACUACGUCCCCCUCACGAUGGACUCCAAGCUCACCGGCACCAAGACCAUGCAGCUGCAGUGGGAGGCCUACAAACGCGCGAACCGGGCCUUUUGCCAGGUCGUGCUGGACGAGUACCAGGACGGCGACGUCGUGUGGUGCCACGACUACCACGUCAUGCUCCUCCCGCUCAUGCUGAAGGAGGCGCGCCCGGAAAUGAAGCUGGGAUGGUUCCUACACACCCCGUUUCCGUCGUCCGAGAUCUACAGGGCACUCCCCCUCCGCGAAGAGAUCCUCCGCGGCGUCCUCGCUGCCGACCUCGUCGGCUUCCACACGUACGACUACGCGCGGCACUUCGUGUCGGCGUGCACGCGGAUCCUCGGCCUCGAGGGCACGCCCGAGGGCGUCGAGGACAACGGCAACCUGACGCGCGUGGCGGCGUUCCCAAUCGGGAUCGACCCGGAGCAGUUCAUGCACGCGCUGCGGAAGGAGGACGUCCGCGCGAACAUCAUGGAGCUGCGCGAGCGCUUCAAGGGCCGCCGCGUCAUGCUGGGCGUCGACCGCCUGGACAUGAUCAAGGGCAUUCCGCAGAAGCUCCUGUCCAUCGAGAAGUUCCUCGACGAGCACCCCGAGUGGCACGACAACGUCAUCGUGAUCCAGAUCGCGGUCCCGACGCGCACCGAGGUGCCGGAGUACCAGGCGCUGCGGUCCACGGUCCACGAGAUCGUCGGGCGCAUCAACGGCAAGUUCGGGACGCUCACGACGGUGCCGAUCCACCACCUCGACCGCCAGCUGUCGUUCGACGAGCUCGUCGCGCUGUACGCGGUCACGGACGUCGCGCUCGUCUCGAGCCUGCGCGACGGGAUGAACCUGGUCGCGUACGAGUACGUGGCGUGUCAGAUGAACCGCGCGGGCGUGCUGAUCCUGUCCGAGUUCGCGGGCGCGGCGCAGAGCCUCGGCGCGGGCGCGCUGCUGGUGAACCCGUACAACAUUAACGACACGGCGCAGGCCAUCGAGUACGCGCUGACUAUGUCGGACGACGAGCGGCGGGACCGCCACAAGCAGAACUACCAGCACGUGAUGAACCACACCGCGCAGGCGUGGGCCGAGACGUUCAUCUCGGAGCUGAACGACACGCACGUCGAGCACCAGCUCCGCGCGAUGAAGGUGCCGCCGCCGCUCGAGAUCCCGCACUGCUGGGCCGCGUUCCGCGGGUCGCAGAAGAAGCUGCUCAUCCUCGGCUUCAACGCCGCGCUGACGAGCACGAUCGAGGCGCCGACGCAGCCGAAGCGCCACUUCGACCAGCUCAAGUCGUACACGCGGCUGCACCCGGACGUCACGCGCUCGAUCGAGGUCCUCAGCCGCGACCCCUCGAACAUCGUGUGCGUCUUCUCCGGGUCCGGAAAGCAGAAGAUGGUCGACACGUUCGGCCACCUGCCCGUGUGGCUCGUGGCGGAGAACGGCGUCUACGUGCGGCCGCCCGCGCCGCCCGCGCCCGGCGGCAGCGCGUCGUCGUCCCCGAGCCGCACGUCGCGCGAGCGCCCGCACGAGAAGAACGGCGGGUGGGUGCAGACGAUCACGGACUUCACCACGGACUGGAUGGAGGCAUACAUCCGCGAGGUCUUCCGGUACUUCUGCGAGCGCACGCCGCGGUCGUUCGUCGAGUGCCGCGAGACGUCCAUCGUGUGGAACUACAAGCACGCCGACGUCGAGUUCGGCCGCCUCCAGGCGCGCGACCUCCUCCAGCACCUCUGGACCGGACCUAUCUCGAAUGCGCCCGUCGACGUGGUGCAGGGCGCCAAGUCCGUCGAGGUGCGCCCCGUCGGCGUCACCAAGGGCGGCUGCUUGGCGAAGAUCCUGCGGAUCAUGGCGGAGAACGAGGGGAGCGCGCAGCUGGACAUUGACUUCGUGAUGUGCGUCGGGCACUUCCUGCAACGCGACGAGGACAUCUUCUUGAUCUUCGAGGGCCGCGGCGCCGUCGCGCAGCACCACGCGCCGCCGGAGCAGCCGCUGCACCGGCCGUCCGUGCAGGACCCGCGCCGGGGCUCGCGCAUGAGCAACGCCAGCGCGGUGGGGUCGGGCGGCGCGCCGGGCGACGGGUCGCCGCAGCCCGGGAGCCUCAAGGAGGGGCUCACCAUCGCGCAGCCGCCCGCGGCGGCCGGGGCGAGCAAGGGCGACGUGCACCGCGCGAUGUCCGCGAGCGUUCUCGCGGAGGGCGGAGGGCCCGCGCCGCCCGCGUCGCCGGGCGGGCGGCACGUCCAGGGCGGCGACUGGCGGCUCAGCCGGCAGAACAGCGCCAAGGCCGCCGCGAACGCGCGCGCCGCGGCCGGCCGCGCCCGCCAAGCGCCCGUGCAGCGCGCCGCUACGGGCCCGCCAACGAACGUGCCGCUCCACCCGGCGGACUGGCGCCGCGUGACGUACGACCCGGCGUCCGCGAACCGCCGGAAAUCCGACGCCGUCCCGGACAACGCGGAGCUCCCGCAGCGAGCGCACGCCCCCGGCAUGGGCGAGCGCUUCCCGCGCGAACCCGUGCGGUCGCGUCUGGAGGUCCCCGCCGCGCCCAUCGCGCACGUGCCGCCGCGGCACCUCUUCACGUGCACCGUCGGGCGGCAGCGCAGCAACGCGCGGUACCUCCUGAACGGCAGCUCGGAGGUCGCGAGCCUCCUGCAGGUGUUGGCGGGGCUGCAGGAGCCCUUCCACGUGGCUCCGAUGGGGGGGCGUCGCAUGGGCAGGGGGUCGCUGGAGCUCGGGCGGCCGGGGGCGUCGCGGGUGAGCCUCGACAUGAUCCAGGAGGCGGGAGUGCCGAACGCGAUGCACCAUUGCCUGAGUUCGAGUCUAUUUGCGACGGACGCGCAGUCGCCGGCGGUGGGGCGGGCGCGGUCGGGCGCGCUGAGCCCGCAGACGGGCGCGGACAUGCAGGGCUGGGAGCAGCUGACGCGGUACUAG